UAUGUAACGGUUUUUACGGCAUAUAUAUUGUUUAUAGAUGACAGCGAUAUUAUUUUUGAUCGCUUCGUGUGAGGGUUUAUGCGUUCCUUUAUAAUUUCGUAAGAGAAAUCGAGAUGGAAGAAUACGCACGUGAUCCAUGCCCAUGGCGUAUAGUAGAUGAUUGUGGUGGUGCAUUUUCUAUGGGAUUGUUGGGAGGUUCAGUGUUCCAUGGUAUCUCAGGAUUUAGAAAUGCACCAAGUGGAAACUAUAGGCGUUUAUAUAGCUCCAUAUCUAAUAUUAAAGCAAAAGCACCAAUAACAGGAGGAAACUUUGCUGUUUGGGGAGGACUGUUUUCAGCAAUAGAUUGUUCAUUAGUUUAUGUAAGAAAAAAGGAAGACCCAUGGAAUUCAAUAACAAGCGGUGCCUUAACAGGAGCUAUUUUAUCAAUAAGAAAGGGUAAAGCCACAAUGCUAGGGUCAGCAGUUGUUGGUGGUGUUUUAUUAGCAAUGAUUGAAGGAAUUGGUAUUAUCAUUACACGAUAUACAGCCGAACAAUUUAAUCCAGCCAAUGCCAUUAUGGAAGAUCCAUCUCAACUUCCUUCUAAACCACCAAUUGGUUUUGGUUCAAUGGAUCAACCACAUCAAGGCAAUUAUCAAUGACAGGGAGCUAACUCUAGUGAUUCUAACAUUUAGUAUUGAUUACCUCUCUUGGCUAAAGUUGAAAUGCUAUGGAGCACUGAUACAACUGCACUUGUGUUUAGAAGUAACUGCCAGUUUAACCAGUGUGACGCUAUAUCAUUUUAAUAUCUCGUAAGCUAUGUGUCUAGGACAUGAUAAGCUACAUGUGAUAACGAAAGAAUGAUAAAUCAAAUCAUUGCUACGUUAUGUUAUUAUACAUUUUAAACAUCCUGGGGUCACUAGAGUUAUAUCGUUGGUAUAUGGGCAGUUAAGGUUCUCGUUCUGCCUCAUGAUUGGCUGAACCAAGGAUAGAGGGCAGUGCUUUGUCACAUUGCACGGUAAAUUAGAUACAAAAGAUUGUAUCAUAACCAUAGGAUUAAUUUAGGUAUAGAUAUUUUUCAUUUGAAGCAGAAUUUAAAAAAAAAUUUACAGUUCCAACAGAAAUUUAAUGCCCAUUAAAUAAAUUGGUAAAUUUUUUUUUGGCUUCUUUGGUAAUGCUUAAAUUUUUUUCAUUCUUUAAGGUUUUGUUUGUUUAAUGCAUGAGAACACUAUAGAAAAGUUGUGUGAUAAAGGUAUUUGUACCUCUGUGUGUAAAGGUACAAGAUAUCUUGUCAGUGCUUCGUAAACUUAUUGUAUAGACAUCAUUAUUUCACAGUUCAUUUUUCACCCAUCAUAUUAUCUAAAAAGCAUUUUGAUUAAAAGAUUUAUAAACGUUUGGUUGUGUGUUUUAUGACCACUUUUUAGCUCGACUUUUCUAUGAAAAGGGGAGCUAUCCUACUCGCCCCGGCGUCGGCGUCACACCUUGGUUAAGUUUUUCGUACCACCCCACUUUAUUUCAGAAGUAUUACAAGUAUGGCUUUGAAACUUACCAUACUUGUUCACCAUCAUAACCUCCAUCUACAGACAAGAGUACAUAACUCUGUCAAGGUUUUUGACAGAAUUAUGGCCCUUUUUUGACUUAGAAAGUGUAUUGAGCUUGGUUAAGUUUUUUGUACCACCUCACUUUAUUUCAAAACCAUUGGAGGUAUUGCUUUGAAACUGACCAUACUUGUUUACCAUCACGACCUUCAUCAACAGACAAGAGGACAUAACUCUGUCAAGGUUUUUGACAGAAUUAUGCCCCUUUUUGACUUAGAAAAUACAUUGAAUAUGGGUAAAAUCCACUUAUUGCCUUAACCCUUUGAGAUAUUGCUUUGAAACUUUUAAUGCUAUUUCACAUCAUUACCCCCAUCUGUACGCAAGAGAAGGUAACUCUGUCAAGGAUUUGUUUUAAAAAUUAAGGCCUUUUAUCGACUUAGAAUCUUGGUUAAGUUUUUAGUACCAGUCCACUUUUUGACUGAACUGUUUGAGAUAUUAAUUUGAAAGUUGGAAUACUUGUUUACAAUCAUGAUUCCCAAACAUGUCCUGGAGAAGGUAAUUCUGUCAAAGAUUUUAUUUGAAUUAUGGCCCUUAACUGUCAAUGUUUUGUAUUAUAGGCAAGCACUAAAAAACUUAAAAAAUCUAAAAAAAUUCAUUCCUAUCCACUUGUUCACUUUACCAUAAAUUAUGUCAUAUAAACAUUGCUGUAAUAUUCAAGGGUAUCAAACAACUAGUUUUUUUUUCUUUCUUACCAGCCCUCUUUUGACUUAAACAUUUCAAACUUUGCUGCAGUGUUCAAGGGUAUCACACAAUUCAGUAAAAUAAUUCUUCACUAAAUAUCUUAAUGCUCAUGGCCAUUGUUCACUUUAAAAAUACAGAGAUUCUUGUAUUGCCUUUUACUGCAAAAACUUUUUUUAUUGGCAAGCAAUAAAAAAGUCGAGCGCGCUGUCUUACGGACAGCUCUUGUUUAAGAUGCACUGAAUGUUACUGAAUGUUUUUAAGUCUAAUAAUGUUAAGAUUUUUUUUAGGUCUAUAACUUUAGUACAGAGGUGACAUGAUAAUUUUAUAUUACAUAUUAUCAAGUGGUGUAUUCAUGAUUAAGAUUUAGCUAACAUGUGCUGGAAUGUAUUAUUUUAAUAUUUUUGUCAUUGAAGGUUUUGACAUAUACAUAACAGCAUUUGUAAAUGACGGUCAAAGCUGAUGUUUUAGCUUUUGUUUCGGACAUCAGGCAGUCUAGGUAAUGGAAUAUGAAGGCUCUAUCCAGGUGCCCAUUCAUGAUUGAAAUAGUGCAUAGAGGGGCACUGGAGGUCUUCCUCCACCAGUAAAGCUGGAAAGUCGCCAUUUGACCUUUACAAUGCCAUCAAACAGGCAGCAUGGGUCUGUGUUACUGAUAUUGUUUCAUUCGGUCUCUUCGCUUUAAAAUUAUCUUCUUUUUUAUUUGAAUCUCUAUGUAUCUAUCAUAAGUUAAAGAAUAGGUACUUUAGAGAACCUUAGUAUGUAUGAUUGAAAAUUAUUUAAUGUUAAAAUAUUGAUGACAAAUGGACAUAUUUGAUUGUAAAUAUGUAUAGUUUUUCAAAUAGAACAAACUUAAAUUGUAUUAAAUGUAUAACUACACAUUGUAUUUUAUGUGGAGUAAUGCCGAAAGUGUGUUUUAUUUGAUUGUAAUGAUAAAUGAAUAAUUGGUUACUAUUUGUUGAAUUUUUAAAAUAAAAUAUAGAAACAAGA